GCCGUGGCACAAUGGAGAAGAGAAUGCUGGAAGAACCGCUCGAAACCAACAAAUGCUCUUUUCGAACAUUGCGGGUUGUUGCCAGAAGUUGCAACAACUGUUCCGCAUUGGUAGGAGGGGACUCUCGACUCGUACACUCCACGCCAACAGAAUGAAGGGCUUGUGCCACUUUGGGCGACGGUGGAAACGGGGCAUCCAGAACAUCGGCAAUGACGAAUUUCUUUCGUUGGACAAAAUCCAUGCCCGAGUAGUCCCAGGAACAGCCGCCAUGAAAGGCAACGGCAGGUUGGCUCUCUUCUUGUGAGCGACUCUGUUUGGCGUUUGGAUCGUCCAUGGUUGGUCCCAGUUGGCUGUUGGAUGUUGGCUUUGAAGAGGAGCACUAUGAGCUGGCUUGUUGUGCUUGUUCACCGUUUUGGAGUUGACGUUUUUGACACCGUAUCUUCUCCCAAAGAUACGGGCAAGUGCGCGAGCGAACAGCCAGUUUCCACGCCCUGCAGAGACUUAUUGACAACGUGACUAAGGUCAUCAAGUGUCAUUGUGGGUGCUUUUGGUCAUCCAUUCGGCUUCCGGUUGACAUUAUUCAUUUCUUUGUUGCCUCUUGUGAUUUUCACAGGAGGCCCAUUCAGACAGCCUGAAGUCGAUAAAGCAAGCCUCAGAUUAUGCAUUAAAAAAUCACAUCCUGGAGGCACCCCCAAGAUCGUAUCCAAGAUUUCUAUUCCUUUGAGACCAACGGUUGCUUCUGUGUUUUUAUAAUUCAGUUGGAAGUGCCAGCAGUUGUGUUGUGUUUCUCCAAGUUUUCUCAUAUUUGUUCGCCACCAUGAAGCUUCCAAGUCGCUUGACGUCUCGGCAAUCCGUUGGGUUGGUCUUUUCCUCUUUGCUGGGAUGCACGGCGUUGUUAUUUGGUGUUUCCUGGAUAAAGAGCGAGAUCACUGAGGACAUGGACUUGGCCCGACAAAAACAGCAACAAGACGAAACCAAUGAUGCUUCACCUGUGAUGAUGGACCGUCGUCAGUUGGGAGAAGGACGCAAUCUGGACGGUCAGGACCUCCUAGAACCCUCCAACAUGUUGCAGCGGUUAAAGGAAAAACGCCAGCAAUGGCUGGACAAUCAGCUCAAAAAAGAUUACGGAGAAGACCAUUAUAAAAACUUGUUCUUUUACAAUGAUGCCAAUGGCAAGCGCACGAGUGCUGGAUACAAGGGACUGUUCAAAGAUCCCAAUUCGUUGCCACUCAACAAGUACCAGCAAGACAAGAAUGCACCGCCCAAAACAGACUUUCCUGGGUGGGAUCGCAUGGUACGAAAGUAUCAAAUGAAAAUUUUGCAGAUUCAAUUGGGUGUUAUCGAAGAGCGUAUCACUGGGAAAGAUGCUUCCAGGCUACGAACAAGAAAAAGAAGAAACCUUGCCAACAAUAAUAAUAAUGAGGAGACCCUGGCAGAAGGAACAUACACCAAAUUCAAUUGGGUAACGGCAGGACACAGUUCUUCGGCAGCACAUGGAAAUCUGUACCGCGAGAGCUACACGGCAAUUUUGGAUCGAACUUUGAAGCCUAUCUUGCAACACAUUGGCCUGGAUUUCAGUGCUCGAGCAUAUUCCAUGGGAGGGUUUGACAGCGGGGACGAGCUGGCGCUCUGCAUGAACUCGGUCUAUGGGAGAGAUGUCGAUUCGUUUUUCUGGGACUUUGCUUUGACCGACUCCAGCAACUCGCUCUGGAAAAUCAUUCUGUUUUCGUACCGAGCAGCCAAGAUUUCCCAGAUUACGGACAGCGUUUCACAGCCCGGGAACAUCCCCCGUCGCCCAUCCAUGUUUGCCUUUAACCAAAACAGUGAGCGCAACUUGGUGUUGCAAGGGAUGCAAGCCUUGGGCAUGACCACUCUGGCAUACGAUGAUGAAUACUUUAAUGAGGUUGUCAAGCCCGCCGUUCCCGAAAUGAUGGGGCUCUCCGACGCAGAGAUCCAACAGAUACCGAGACUUGUCAGGACUUUCAAGUGCGAGGGGAGAUUGGAAUCUGGUGAUCCUGGCUGCAAGGAUGACAAAUGGAACGAGACUGUGUGCCCUGAUAGACGAGGGCGGGUCAGUUGGCACCCAGGUUGGAAGUAUCAUGCAUUGAUUGGUAACUUGAUUGUCACAACAGUGUUGGACUUAUGGGAAGAAGCCAUCGAAGGGGUGAUGAAACAAUCCCCAGCGAAUAGCCAAGAAAGCAUGAUCAUGAAAAAAGAGAGGAUAACUCAAGAGCUACAAAAGCUGAACCGAGAGGAAGAGAAGGAGUACAACGCCAUCUUUGAUGCUCCGGUCCCCGAUUCCUUCAUCCCACACUUACAAAAAUGGUGGAAAGAGGGUCGAGACGAGCACUUGGAUGAUGUCAGCGUUGACUCCUUCCUCAAGGAGGCAGGAUUCUGCCACACCGCAGUCCUUCCAUCCGAGAUGCGCCUCAAAGGCUUGGUGACUGAAAACGCCACAUCCAGUGGCAACCCCGUCGACCCAGACACCUUUGAGCAAGGUGUGUCUUCUGAACUGAUCCAGAGUGUGGAGACGUCAACCCCUCAAAAACCCAACGAAAAUCCAAAGGCUUUCGUCGAUCCAAGGCCGGGCCGAGCCAACCAGAUGCUCAUGGUGAAGAACGAUGUGGAUCGAUGGGGGUGUAAGGGUGGGGAUGAGGACGAGGAUGAAAUUGUCCACAUUGAUUACAAAGACUAUUUCUUCGUGAGCUCCUUACAGGGGAAGAGAACCAUAACAAUCCCGAAUGAGAAAGAGAAGGCAUAUUACACAGAAUACAAUCCCAAGAAGGGCAAGAUGGUAGUGGCCUGUCUCACAAGAUGCGACUGGGGGACCUGCGCCAAGUACGAUUUUCAUAACUACUUCGGGUGGACGUGGAAGGUUGACGAGAGGAAGAAAAAGCACCAGCUGGUGGGCGCGGAGUUAGAGAGCAUGGGCCAGUUGGAGAUCAAGAUCAACGGAGAGAAGGUCACCGAAGCCUCUGACAUGCAUACCUGUUUUGCAUUGAAGAAUAUUGGCGGGCAUAUCUGGUUCCCCAACGCCAAUGGCCAGUACAAAAUCGAAAUGACGAUCAAGGAUGCCUCUGCCUAUUCGUACGUCCGGUUCACCUCGUUUGUACUCAUUGAUGGGCAGUGAUGCAAGACCGGCACAUACGAAGAGAGAAGAAUGGCUCCCAGCGGUAUCGUGCAGUAAACAAUUGGAAGCAACGAGGUGGGCUGUGGUCGACUGUCGACGCCUGCCAACUGCUAAUAUCGAACUGCUUUUACGACCGAAAGUCAACUGUUCUAAACUCGGCGAAGAGUCAACAUGAGAUCACCUCGGAAGCAUCGACUCCGAAAAGGCCACCUUUUACUUGUACGGUACAAUAGCAAAGUACCAGUCUGAAGUAUAUUUUUCCCUUCGUGUCUUCCUUUCUCAUCCCGUGUCGUAGCAGAUGAACCGUAGGAUGUGAACCCCCCCCCCCCCCC